AUGGUUCAAAGCAUUAUAUCCUCCAUUAAUGGAUCCUCUGUGUUUCUUCCCAAUCUCUCACAACCCUCUUCAAGAAAAUCCUGGUGCCGGAAAACUAGAUUGCGGCGAUAUCCGAUGACAUUAGCAGCGGCGAGAGGAGAUAAUUGCGGUGGUGGGAGUGGAAGAGGAAGGCUGGUGGAUGAGAACAUGAUAGUACUGAGGAAGCGUAUUCAGGAGAUGAAGAUGGUGGAGAGCAAUCAGGAGGCGCCUGAGGAAUGGAUGGAGUGGGAGAAGAGAUACUAUACAGAUUAUGACUCUGACGUAUGUGAGGCAGUGGGUUUGCUGCAAACCCAACUCAUGAAAACUAGGCCAAGUGUAGCUUUGGGGAUGGUGGCUCUUGUUACGCUUAGUGUUCCCACAUCCACGUUCAUGGUUGCCUUGCAAUUGAUGGAGAUGGCCAGGAAGAUCUUAUCUGAGAUUCACCUCUAA